AUUGACUCCUCUCGUCCCAAUUAUCGCACACAUCAACGAUUUUCAUAUUUAAUAAUUCACAAUGGCCCCACCAGCUAAAUCCGCAGGCAAGGCGAUGAAGAAAUCCGGCAAGGCUCAGAAAAACAUCACCAAGUCCGACAAGAAACGCAAGCCCAAGAGGAAAGAAUCCUACGGUAUUUACAUCUACAAGGUCUUAAAGCAAGUGCAUCCCGACACCGGAGUGUCGUCUAAGGCCAUGAGCAUCAUGAACAGUUUCGUCAACGACAUUUUCGAGCGCAUUGCGUCCGAAUCUAGCCGUCUUUCUCACUACAACAAGCGUUCUACGAUAACCAGUCGGGAAAUUCAAACCGCCGUCCGUUUGUUGUUGCCCGGAGAAUUGGCCAAGCACGCCGUCAGUGAAGGCACCAAGGCUGUGACCAAGUACACCAGUUCCAAAUAGAUACCUGUAUGUGAUUAGACUACGAAAGGAUUAAAAAGGCCCUUUUCAGGGCCACCACAAUUAUUUCUAUUAAACUGAUUGUUAAUAAACCCUUACGUUAUCGUUAUCAAUCGAAUGUGUUUACAAACACCAUUACACUCCAUUUUUUAUGUACAACGAACAUUUUCGUGCUUAAUAGUUAUAUAAAAUUAAAUAAUUGAUCGUCGUCGAGAUGACGCGCAGAUGAUCUGACAGUGGUAAAACGACUGACCUAUGACACAAUAAAUAAUAUUCCUAGAGCUACUGCCUACUAAGACGUUAUUAACAGACUAUAAUAAUAGGUAUACUCUUAUAAUAUUGUAAAAGAAUGUUUAAACUAUACAUACUAUAUAUACCUAUAACUGAUGUGAAAAAGUUCUAGGUCAUUAUUUCUAGUCAAUGUGACAGAACGAAAAUUAAAAAGUAUGG